GGAAAAACAACUUCGAUGGAACAUUUUGUAGAGGGCACAACUAGAACAAGCAAUCCAGAACAUUCUGCAGAGCAUUCUGAGUGUGCCCAGUCAUCAGGAAGAAAGAAUUUGACAAAUUCUCUUGAACAAAAGAUAAGGUGUUUGGAAAAACAGAGAAAAGAGCUCCUAGAAGUCAACCAGCAAUGGGAUCAGCAAUUUCGAAAUAUGAAAACAUUAUAUGAAAAAAAGGUCACAGAAUUGAAAACGAAACUGGACGUGGCCGAGAGAUUGUUGAGUGCGCUGGAGCCCGACCCGCCGCGGGAGGUCACCGCGGAGCCGCUGCAGCGCCCAGAGAAGGAAAAGGAGGGCCUAAAUGAAGAAUUACAUGACUUGAAGAAAGAGAAUAUGCUUUUGAAGGAAAAAAAUGCUCUUGCAAAAAAGAAGAAGGAACAUUAUGAAUGUGAAAUAAAACGUCUCAAUAAGGCACUUCAGGAUGCCCUGAAAGUUGACUGUUCUUCAUUUCCUGAGCAUGGUUUGGGGAAGUAUGAAAGGGACUGCAGCCAUGAGGACCUAAGAACAGAAAUGGAAGUUCUCAAGCAACAGGUACAAAUAUAUGAAGAAGACUUCAAAAAGGAACGGUCAGACCGAGAAAGACUUAAUCAGGAGAAAGAACAAUUACAGAAAAUUAACCAAACCUCACAAGCCCAGUUGAACAGACUACAUUCUAAGAUGAGAGCUUGUGAGAUGGAGAGAGAAAAACUAGAGAAGCAAUUAAAACAGAUGUAUUUUCCAACCUGUAAUUGCAAGUUGGGUUUUCACCAGCGGGAUCCGGGUAUACACAUAGGCCCUAGGACCGUGCGUGAGCCAGAGAAGCACCCUCCAGACUAUCAGUGGUAUGCUCCUGACCAGUUUCCGCCAGAUGUGCAGCACAAAGCAAAUGGUCUCUCCUCAGAAAAGAAAGUCAAUCAGUAGGAGCCUGGACAAGCAGAAGUGCAGAUGGAGCAGGAGAGAGUUUCACUGAG